AUGGUUGACAAUUAUAUUUUUGUGCAACCAAUCGAAAAGGAGUUCAAACAUAGGACGCAGGUAUCAUUUGGCAGGGAUGGUACCUUCUUAGCCGUCAUUAGACCAAUUAUUAUGCUUGGUCAAACAUUCGGAAUCUUUCCCGUUCUGGGAUAUGGAGCUGCCGAGGCAGGCAGAAUUUAUUUUAAGGUAUUUUCAUUUAGAAUGUUUUACACAGUGUUGGUUCAGUUGGGUGGAUCAAUGAUGUCCGGAUUUUCAUUGGCUACCUUUUGGACGGUUGGAGUGGAGUUUUCAAAGAUUUUAUCCUGGAUGUUCUUCACUCUCAAUCUACUAAUUUCAUUGGGUUUCACCAUGUUAGCUCGAAACUGGUCCCAACUGAUGAUAGAAUGGGAAAACACGGAGCAGAGCCUUCCCCAGAAGCCUAAACUAUCGGCAAGCAAUAGUAGGUUGCGUCGGAAGGCUAAGGUAAUCAUGUCUACUUUAAUGCUAAGUGCACUGUUCGAACACGUACUUGCCAAGCCAGCCGGUUUAUAUCGAGCUUAUAAGUGCGGAAUAUCCAAUCUUGUAGAGGCUCAUUUCAUGCAAGCCUUCCCGGAGCUAUUUUCGUUUAUCCCGUAUGACAUCUACGUCGGAUCCGUUUGCCAGGUCAUCACUACUAUAUUAACGUUUUACUGGAACUUCAUCGAUCUCUUUCUGAUCGUGAUCAGCAUAGGAUUGCGACAUAACCUGAGACAUGUGAACGACAUCAUCAUUAGUUCGAAAUCGGAGUACAGUUCGUAUCAGUUCUGGCAUGCUCACUGGAAACACUACCAGAGGGCUUGUGAAUUGAUUCAACUGUUUAAGAAGAAGAUGGCUUUCUUUGUGGCCAUUUCGUUUGCAAACAAUUUGUUCUUUAUUUGUAUACAGAUGCUGGGUUUGUUGAAAGAAUACCCCGAGUUCCUAAUGACGAUCUAUUAUUGGUACUCGUUUGGUCAUUUGGUGGUGCGCAUGGUGCUAGUAGCUCUGUCUGCUGCCGAUAUUCACGAUGAGUCUAAAAGAUUGUUGCCGCUAUUCCGCACUUUACCGACGCAGUAUUACAACAAAGAGAUUCAGCGCUUUCAUGAACAGGUGGAACACGAUACAGUUGCUCUCUCUGGAUUUGGAUUUUUCUUUCUCACACGGAAAUUGAUUCUGAAGAUUGCCGGCACGAUCGUUACUUACGAGCUGGUAUUGUUGCAAGUCCAUGACGCUGAAGAGAAGCAAGGAGACCAUAAUCCCUGCACUUGAACAUGUUGUUCCCAAUGUCCGCACUU